AUGACGGACGUUAUUGACGCCAAGGCCCAGCGCAAGGCCGAGAAGAAGAACAAGAAGGCUGCACGCAAGGCUGCAGAGGCCGCUGCUGCUGGAAAUCCCGUCGCGGAGCCAUUCAAGAAGGAUAAGAAGCAGAAGAAGCACAAACGCGCUCGUGAAGAGGCCGAGACGCCCGCCGAGAGCUCAAAAAAGCACAAGAAGGACAAGAAGGGAAAGAAGAAAAACAAGAAGCAGAAGAGCAGUGAUGAUGGUGAUAAUGAGGACGUAGCGCCCAGCACUGACUUCUCCAGCGGCCCAUACCAACAGCCGCCAGCCAAGGACGGCAGCUUCAAGAAGGCCUUCUACACUGAAGGCCAGGACACUGCUAAGAUGACCAACGAGGAGGUUUCUGCUUUCCAUGAGACCAACCAGAUGAUCCUUAGUGGCAACAACUGCCUCUACCGUCCUGUGCUGAGCUUCGACGACGUCACUUUCGAGUCCAAGUUCAUGAAGACAACCAAGGGCUUUGACAAGCCCACGCCCAUCCAGAGUCAGUGCUGGCCCAUCCUGGCCUCGGGACGUGACAUCAUCGGUAUUGCCGAGACGGGAUCCGGCAAGACGCUGGCCUUCUCGAUCCCUGGUCUCAUCCAUAUUGCUGCCCAACCGGAGGUGUCCCACAAACACCCAGGCCCGCGCAUGCUCGUUGUCGCUCCGACGCGUGAGCUGGCGAUGCAGAGCUCAGCUGUGAUCUCGGAGGCUGGCAAGAAGUGCGGACUCAAGAGUAUCUGCAUCUACGGUGGCGUCCCAAAACAUACGCAGAAGAAGGCGCUGCGCGACGGCGUGCACGUGGUCGUGGCCACUCCUGGUCGUCUUAAAGAUCUGGUGGAAGAACGCUCGUGUAACCUGUCUAAGGUCACGUUUGUGGUGCUCGAUGAGGCCGACCGUAUGCUGGAUGAGGGUUUCGAGAAGGAUAUCCGCGCCAUUAUCGGCAGUACGCACCCUGAGCGUCAGAUUGCCAUGUUCAGCGCCACAUGGCCACAGUCGAUCCAGAAACUUGCACACGAGUUCUUAAACGACCCAGUGAAGGUGACUAUCGGCUCAGAUGAACUCGCUGCCAGUCACAACGUUACGCAGAUCGUCGAGGUCGUUGAAGACCGUGCUCGUGACUCUCGUGCACACGCUCUAUUGCAGAAGUAUCACGCGAGUCGUAAGAACCGUAUUCUACUGUUCGUCCUGUACAAGAAGGAGGCUGACCGUGUGGAGCGCAUGCUGCACCAGCGUGGCUGGAACUGUAUCGCCAUUCACGGUGACCGUAACCAGCAACAGCGCUCGGAGGCUGUGGAGCAGUUCAAGUCUGGUGAGGUCCCGCUGCUGAUUGCGACAGAUGUGGCUGCUCGUGGUCUCGAUAUCCCUGGUGUUGAGUACGUCAUGAACUACUCAUUCCCGUUGACGAUUGAGGACUACGUGCACCGUAUUGGUCGUACAGGCCGUGGUGGUAAGAAGGGUACGGCUCACACGUUCUUCACCGCUAACGAUAAGCCUCGCGCUGGAGAGCUUGUGAACCUCCUGCGCGAGAGUAAUCAGGAGGUACCAAAGGACCUGACCAAGUUCGGUACGCACGUCAAGAAGAAAGAGCACAAACUGUACGGCGCUUUCGCCAAGAACAUUGAUGCCACGAAGAAGGCCACCAAGAUUACCUUUGACAGUGACGACGAGUAA